AUGUGGUUUACCCAUAUGAAACCAAUUGAUUUCUAUGAGAGGGCUACAAUCUUGCUACAAUUUUUGACACCAUUUAGUCUACUCUGUAUCAUACAAUCCAUGAGCAAUUCAAUAUUGGAAACUCUACUAUUUGCAGUUAUUUUCUUGUUAAAUAAUCAUGCAAUAUCAAGAAUAGUGAUUGCAUUACCAUUGCGAGAAAAUUUCGCUUUACCAUUCUGGUGGUUGCGUAUGUUAGCAUUGAAUAUAAUGUUAAAACAAACAGAUACAAUAAGAUCUCGAAACAUAAUAACGACAUGCGUAGUAACGGUGUUUGCCCUAAGCACUUCCCUAUUCUGCAUUUUUUGGCAUUUUAGCCAGUUCGUUCUGUUAAUUGAAGUAAUCUUUAUGAAUGUAUUACAUUAUUUGGGAUUUUUAAACGAUGACCUGUGUCUUGCACUAUCACAUGGCAAUUUAUUAGCCCUUGGUUUAACAAGUUUCGUCCAAGCCGGCUCAUUUUUCUUAAUCACUUCACCGUGUGCAGUUAUUGUACUAACAAAUUUCAUUUUUAUUGAUGAACAGUGUUCACAUAACACAAGAGAGAUCAAUCGAAUACCAGGUCGAAAUAGACAAUGGCGUCAUCUUCAAUCAUUUAUACGGUACUUUGGUAACCUAUGGGGUCGAAUAGGCUUUGCGGUCGCGCUAUAUGGAUUAUUAAGUAUUUUCACACCAAAUGAAGAUGCAUCACAUAUUCUACAAUUUCUUCUGCACAAAUUUCAUCUGUCUAAUAAAUGGGAUUUUGAUACAGCGCUUUAUUUAUGCAGUCCAUCAUUUCGUCAUAUGGAUUUAGAACAAUACCAAAUGGAAAUACUCAAUUCAAAUCUAAUUCUUCCUUCAUAUAUAUGUGGAAUAGUAAUAUUAACUAAACAAGUAUUAUUCCAUCUUAUUGGAUAUCAUAAAAGAAUUAGAAUUGAUCAUCUGCUCACGGAACCAAUUCACAAAUCCUCUAUUAAACCAUAUAAAUUUAUAACACUGGAUGAAGAUAAUCCAUUGAUAAGAAUAAAAGCAUGGCAUUUGGCGUACAGUUUAACUUUUGGCUUUCUUGCCUGGACUACAAUGCGUAUGAAAUACUUAUGGACACCACAUAUGCUUCUGUUAGCUGUUAUUGGUUUUAAACAAUGCCUAGCUUGCUGUUUAAAUCUAUUUGUGUAUACUGGCUGUCUCAUUUAUAAAUUAUAUCGCGUUUAUUAUGAAAAAUCAAAAAGUUUUCAUAAAAAACUGGACAAAUCAUCGCAUUAUUAUCAGAAAAUUAAAAAAGAAAAUAGAAAAAUUGACACGAAAAUGGAAGUUAAUCAGAUUGUAAAUAUCAUACUCAUAGUAUUGAUUAUUUCAACUGCAUAUCAAGCUGUACGUGAAAUAUCAUUUCAACUAAGUCAACUGAGUGAAUUCUAUGAUCCAGAUACAGUUGAGUUAAUGGAAUGGAUCAAAAGUAAUGUAAACAAUCGGAGUAUAUUCACAGGUAGUAUGCAAUUAAUGGCAGCGAUAAAAUGUUGUACAUCUCGACCAAUAGCUAAUCAUCCACAUUAUGAAAAUGCUGAAUUGCGUAGGCGGACAAAAGAGCUUUAUCAAAUCUAUGGAAGGAAAUCACUGGAUGAAGUAUACAGCAUAUUACGUAAUUAUUCAAUUGAUUAUUUCAUUAUUGAAACAUCAAUAUGCUUCACUAAGAGUACAGGAUGUCGUGAAGCUGAUUUAAUUGAUUUUGAAAAUAAUGAGUGGCCUGAUGCUUGGCUUCUUGGUCAUAAUCAACAACAACAACAUUAA